AAUACAGGAAGAACUUCACUUUAUAGUAAAUAUAAGGUCGACUUAUCAAUAUUUGGCUCUUAAUUCAUUCAAAUUUAUGUAAAACUCUAUAGUUUUACAUUUACAAGUACUUGGUGGAAUAGGCUUUUGAAUUACUUUUUGACUUAAAAUACGCUCUCGAAAUGAGCGCUUCUAUUUAGUGUUUCCCAUUAUGUCUUGUACACUUGAAUGCAACACUGCUAACAGGAACUAGCUUACCUUAGUCGUGGAGUGACGAGCCUUUAAUUAACGUAUUUUAAGGUUUUUUAACCAAUAUAAAAAUGUCUUUCAAACGAGAAGGUGACGAUAAGAGUCAGCUGAAUAUCCUCAAGAAACGCCGUGUUUCUGAUCUUCUGUCUCAUUUUAUCCCAGAUGAUGAGGCUGCUCUCAUGAAAAAUGGAAGAUACACGUGUCUGGUUUGCGCCUACCGUCCAGUGUUUGACACAGUCGACAUGCUGACAGUCCACAGAAAGGGCAAGAAGCAUCUGGAAGGAUUAAAAGCUUUUUAUGGCAAGAAAGCACAGCUGAAGACUGAAAUAACAAAACGGCAACACGAAAAGUAUGUUGAGGCUGAAGACCAAACACAGGAGUCGUCCAGUUCUGCUCCUUUACUGACACAAACUCGGAAACUUACCCAUCAUGCUUUGCUGAAGACCGUCCCUUAUAACAGCCGCCACAGAAAAACCAGUACAAAAUCUGAGAACGAGCCAACGAGCAGAAGCUGUAAUCCCAGAAGCAACGUUUACAACCAGACACCAUCUGCAUGGCGGGAAAAUGAAGUUUCCAGUGAAAAUCCAACAGCCGAUAAAGAGGAAGUGACAGGAAGUCCGGCUGCAGCCGCUCAGGAGGAGAAACCCAUGACGGCCCAGAGGAGGAGGGAGCUGGAGCACUACCUCAAACUGAAGAGUGACGGCUGGCUGCAGGACCGGAGCGGCCGCUGGGUCAAAGACGAGAACGUGGAGUUCGAUUCGGAUGAGGACGAGCCUGCUUCAGUUCCAUCUGCAUAACGACUCACCGAGAACCGUGUGGAAACACAGACAAACCUGUACCACAGUGGUACGUCCAGAUUAUUUCAGUGUGCAAUAAAGAGAUGACAG